UGUACGAAAAAGGCAUCAUCCGCUGAUGUCUAUGAUUUAGUAUUCGUCUUUACAUCAACGCGACAGGACGUAAAGUUAUUGUUAAAAGUAUAGUUUGGUCUGCUUACGAAACUUUACCGGUAAGAUUAAGGUUUUGAUUUGGGCGGAAAAAGGAGUAUUUCUGUCCAUGGUCAAAUAUGGAUACGAAACCAUCACCCGGGGAGCCUUUCUCAGCGUUGAUAUCUUCAAUGAAACCUGGUCAGAAAAUGAUUGAAAAACUUUUACAGGUUGACAAAUCAUUUGAUCAGUUGGAAUAUUAUUACGAUGAGUUUGGUUUCCGUGUUGUAGAAGAAGAUGGAGCCGAACCAAAAAGCAACAAAUUGUUGGGAGUUCCCCUUCAUGUUGAUCCACAUCAUAAACUACAAUGGGAAGCUCAUCUUGAGUUCACUUUAAACUCCUCUGUUGAAGAUUUUUGUUGGGACAAUAUGAAAACUUCGCUUCCGCGAUCGGCAAAGUUGAACCAACUUGUAGCUCAGGGGAUUCCCCAUCAUAUUAGACCACAGGUUUGGAUGCGUUUAUGCGGAGCAGUUGAAAAGAAGCACGCAAGUAAAGUUACUUACGAUGAAAUAAUAAGAGCGAGUGAAUGUGUGAAUACAGCUUCAUGUUUGGAAAUAGAAAAAGAUCUUCUGCGUACGAUGCCAAGUAACGCUUGCUUCUCGUCACCUGACAGCCCAGGAAUAGAUAAAUUGCGUCGUAUUUUACGAGGAUUAACGUGGUUUUACCCGGAUAAUGGAUAUUGUCAAGGAACGGGAAUGAUAGCUGGUCAUCUUCUUCUCUUCAUGGAAGAGGAAGACGCUUUCUGGAUGUUGUGCUCGAUCAUUGAAGAUCUUCUGCCCUCAUCAUAUUAUCGAUACAACCUAUGUGGGGUUCAUGCUGACCAACGAGUGCUACGACAAUUACUCGCGCAAUUUGCCCCACACGUGGAUAAACUACUUUCUGAACAUGAUAUAGAGCUAUCUUUAAUAUCCUUACACUGGUUCAUCACAUUGUUUGCUGGAGUUCUUCACAUCAAGGUGUUAUUGAGGGUGUGGGAUCUCUUCUUUCUCCAAGGAUCCGUAGUUUUGUUUAAAGUUUGCAUCGGGAUGUUGUUGUUAAAGGUGAGUUGUGUGAAUAAGCAACAUGUUUUGAUAAAGAAAGGUUAG